CUAAUCGACACACCAAAAACACUAAAACUCCAUCACAAAUUCUUAAAAAACCAAUCUUUUUCCCCUUUUCUUGAUUCUUGAUCUCCCUCAAAAAAUGCAAAUGCAAUACAAGAAUUUAGGCAGAUCAGGCCUAAAGGUAUCCCAGCUUUCUUAUGGAGCAUGGGUUACCUUUGGAAAUCAACUUGAUGUCAAAGAAGCAAAAACCCUUUUACAAUGUUGUCGUGACCAUGGUGUCAAUUUCUUUGACAAUGCUGAGGUUUAUGCUAAUGGCAGAGCAGAAGAAAUCAUGGGUCAAGCGAUUCGUGAACUUGGGUGGAAAAGAUCAGACAUUGUUGUGUCUACAAAGAUUUUUUGGGGUGGUUCUGGUCCAAAUGAUAAAGGGCUUUCAAGAAAACAUAUAAUUGAAGGAACAAAAGCUUCAUUGAAGAGACUUGAUAUGGAUUAUGUAGAUCUGAUCUAUUGUCAUAGGCCUGAUACAAGUACACCUAUUGAAGAAACUGUUAGGGCUAUGAACUAUGUGAUUGAUAAAGGGUGGGCUUUUUAUUGGGGUACAAGUGAAUGGUCAGCUCAGCAGAUUACUGAAGCAUGGGGGGUUGCUCAAAGAUUGGAUCUUGUUGGUCCUAUUGUUGAGCAGCCUGAGUAUAACUUGUUGUCUAGGCAUAAGGUCGAAUCUGAGUACCUCCCUCUGUAUAGCAACUAUGGAAUUGGUCUUACCACAUGGAGUCCUCUCGCUUCAGGCGUUCUGACUGGAAAAUAUACCUCAGGGAACAUUCCACCAGACAGCCGAUUUUCACUGGAAAAUUACAAGAAUCUCGCCAGCAGAUCUUUGGUGGAUGAUGUGCUGAGGAAAGUAAAUGGAUUGAAACCAAUUGCUGAGGAACUAGGUGUACCUCUCCCUCAACUGGCAAUUGCCUGGUGUGCUGCAAAUCCUAAUGUCUCAUCUGUUAUUACUGGUGCCACCAAAGAGUAUCAGAUUCAAGAGAACAUGAAAGCUAUCAAUGUUAUUCCAAUGUUAACACCUGCUGUGAUGGAGAAGAUUGAAGCUAUUGUUCAAAGCAAACCGAAGCGCCAAGAUUCAUAUAGGUAGACAAAUUUGUGAGAUCCAUUAGUAGUUCAAAAGAGCAGUGUUGUUCAAGACUGAGUUUUUCAUCAUUUAUGUAUUUGCAUUCCCUUUUGCUUUGUCAUAUUUGAAGACUAUGAGAGUUGGUGUUGUUUCUGAACCAAACAUUUAAUGAUGGUGAAUUUUCUACUUUUCUU